AUGAGCGGUGGCCAAUACUUCUCAACGUACGUAGAAGACUUGGAGCAGGAUCCUUUCGAUGCGAUGGAUUUUGUAGAGCGACUUGCUUGGAGAAUGACAGGAGGAUCCGAAACAAUAUCAGAUCCCAUAACGCUGAAGAAUAAAUUUGAGGAAGAGAUAGGAAGUUUGCAAAUGCUGUGUGAACAGUUUCAAAGCAAGAUAAAUAAUCUGGAGAAAGAACUUGAAAGAGAUAAAACUGAUUACGUGAAGAAAUUACAAAAUCUAUAUGAAAAGAAUGGUGACGCUUUAGAGAAAAUGAAACAAUUGGAUUCCACUAUGCAAAACGUGUCUGCAAAAGUUGUUCAUCUAGGAGAUCAGUUGGAGUCUGUGCACAUUCCGAGAUCUAGAGCUAACGACGCUCUUCAACUUAUCCAGCAUUUUGACGAAUUCUUGUCUGAGCAGCCUUUGAAUUCAAUAAUUUUUACCGAUCCAGAUAAAUUGUUGGAAUCAGCUGAUUUAAUUCAAAAGCUAUACUCUAUAUCACAAGAACUCUCCCAUGAAAAGUUUGCGCAUGUUCAAAAUCGUAUAGCACACAGAUACAAAGAAGUGGAAAACUUAUUAAUGGAGGAGUUUGUGCGCGCCCAGAGAGAUGAAAAAAAGAUGUCCGAAGUUGCUAAAAUUUUGAGCGAGUUUAAGGGAUACUCGGACUGUGUUGAUGGCUAUGUUGAAUAUAUUCAAAGUCAUUCCCACAGCAGAAACGGAGAUGUUUUUGCGGAUGCUCUGCAACUAGUAAAUCAUUAUAAACCGAAAAUAGAAUCAAUAUUCCCAUCACCAACUCAAGUGAUUCAAAAAUUAGUUUUGAAUGUUUUUUCGGGAAAAAUCAAAGAAAAUGUCUAUGCGAGACUGAGAGAUUGUAAAGAGUGUAACGACAACGAAGGAUACCUAACGGGUUUGGCACAUUCUUUCUCUAGCGCUCUCAAAUUAUGUAAAGAGCUGGAGCAGUUACAAGUGAGCUCAGACUCUUCGUUUCUGCAAACUCUGACUCGAGGAAUUUUCGACAGAUAUCUUUCAACUUAUGCAAAAGAAGAGUUGGAAUAUCUGAAUAGCCAAUGUGCUUCUAUCCUAGGAACGUUCUAUAAAUUCUCAGGCCAUAUAAAAAAACAAAUCCAAAGCGGAGGUUUUCAAGAGCUGAAGCGUGAUGUCCAAGCCAGGUUAUUGCCUGUGGAAACAUAUGGUGGAAAAACAUUUUUAUCCGAGGAUGUUGCGAUCAGUAUACUACAAGAAACGAAAAAUGCUUUUUCUAGAACUUCACAACUAUGUAGAAAAAGUGAUAUUCCACAAGUUGUCGAUAGCAUUCUGGAUGUGCUAUUGAAAUAUUUAUAUUUUGAACACUUGGAUUAUGCAGUUGAACUUGCCAUAGCUGGUAUAACACUGGUGGCGGAACCGAAAACUGAACCUCCCCCAUAUAUAUUUUCCGUUGUUGCUCAGAAUACUGCAAUUGUAUUAUUGUUGAUAAAACAAUAUGAAGACUCGGUUUAUCCUUCAGUGAAGAACACCUCAAUCGAACAAGCUGUAGCUAAAAAAUGGGCAACCGCACUCCUCUCUUUAGAGCAGAAGAUUAAUUUAGGAUUAGAACGGCAACUGAAUGCGAUAAUUGGUUAUUGUCGCUAUAUUUUGAAUACAGAACAGAAGAAAACGGAUUUUCUGAAGUCAGAUAAGGAGCAGCUCAAUCUCGGUGGAUCCAUAGCCUGUCAACAGGUUUUGAAAUUUCUCAAGCUUCAACAUACUGCAAUGGAAAGAGGCUGCGACGGAGAAAACUUGAUUGUUUUACAAUCGGAGCUCGCAUCACGCCUUCAUAAAAUGCUUGUGAAUCAUGUACAGCAAUUUAUGUAUGACUCUGCAGGAGCUAUGUCAUUGUUGUGUGAUCUGAAUGUUUACAAACAAUAUAUCCUAACAUGGAAAUGUAAUGAAGCUAAUGCUCUUUUCGACGGUCUACUUGCACUAGCCAAUCUCCUAGUGGUUCUUCCUGAAAACUUAGCUGAUGCAGCUAACAGUGCUGUCUUGGCUGAUGUAAAUCGUUCUCUCAUUCAUGAUUUCUUGAAACUUCGUCAAGACAGAGGAUUCAGAGUUAAUACUAGUCCUAAUGCAUAUUAA